AAAUCGAUGCUAUUCAACUCCCAACAGAUAUAAUUCUACAAUCACAAACUUUACCUGACCUAUUACGAGUUGUAUAUCCUGAUCUUUCACCAAAUUUAAAUUUGAAUUAUUUUGUAAAGCAAGCUAUAUUAGCUCCUAAAAAUGAAUAUGUUAAUACUAUUAAUUCACUUAUUAUGAAUCAAUUUCCUGGCGACACUUUUGAAUAUUUUAGUGCUGAUACUAUUGAAGAGCAAGCUGAAGCAGCAUAUUUAUAUCCU